GGCUAUCUCAAUCAAUAUUUGAAUUUAAAUCAUAUAAUUUUUCUGUAACUUCUCCGAGGCGCCAUGCAUAUUUCCUCGUCUCUUGUUAAAAACUUCUCUACAAAAAUCCACCACAACAUGAUCGGAACCUUGUCUAAACGACUUCACCCCUGCGAUGUUUUCAUUAAUCAUCGAGGAAUCGACACAAAGAGAACCAUUUCUGGAUUGCUCUACGACCACUUUCGCCGCCUCGGGCUCAACCCCUUUCUGGACAGCAAGAAUAUGAUGCCCGGUGACCGGCUGUUCGACAAAAUUGAUGGGGCUAUUCGACACUGCAAGGUCGGGGUCGCUGUCUUCUCGCCGCGUUAUUGUGAAUCAUAUUUUUGUCUCCACGAGCUGGAUUUAAUGACAAAAAGUAGGAAAAGGAUCAUUCCAAUCUUUUGCGACGUCAAACCGUCUCAGCUCCGGGUUAUGGACGACGGCUCCCGUCCGAAGAAGGAGCUGCAGAUGUUCGAGACGGCCUUGGAAGAAGCUAAGUACACCGUCGGACUCACAUUUGACACAUUGAGAGGGGACUGGUCAGAAUUCUUGACAACAGCCACGGAUGCAGUGUUGAAGAACUUGCUGGAGGUUGAGGGGAUUGAAGAAGAAGAUUACAUACGGACCAUGAAGUUAGUACGUCGAUGAAGGCUUUAACCAAACUAAAAAAUUGAGUUUUAAUUUAACCAAGGAUUUAGUUUCAGUUAUUCUUUUCUGUAUAUGGAAGUAAUUAAUUUAUUCUUUCUGUCAAGUAUUUUAGAUUAAUGCCCAUCUAGGAUGAACAAAUAAGUGUUCCAUCCAAGGUCAACACAGCUAGAACCCUUUCUUUUUUUCUUUUUUUCUUUCCUUUGUAAUGAUUUCUUCAUUUCUUGUAAAGAACUUGUAACAUGGAAUUUGUAACAAAGUGUUCCAAUUUCUUAAUAAAAUGCAAAUGAAUAU